AUGAUCAGAGCGAACGAAUGUAUCAUACGUAUCGUGCAGUAUGAUGCAUUUUCCAAGGAUAUCGAACGAUUGAAGACCAAACCAGGCAAACUAUCGAAGCGAAGCCUGUUGAAACGACAUACUCCAUUUCUUGACGAAAUUGGAAUAAUGAAAUCGAAAACGCGUCUGCAAAAUGCGCGAAAACCUGUUAACGCUAAAUUACCGAUCGUGUUACCCGCUCAUCAUCAUUUCACGAAGAUUUUCAUUCGAUACUUUCAUUUGAAAUUCUUCCAUGCUGGCCGUCCGUGGCUAAUGACAACGUUAUCGACGAAUUACGUGUUUGUUGGUGGUUUGAAUCGAGCCAUCAAAUCAGUGAUUCAAUCUUGCAAGCAGUGUAUCGAACGGUUUGUUGAAUCAAAACCGCAGCAGAUGGCGAAUCUGCCUUACGAACGCGUUACUCCUCUACCGCCUUUCCAGGUAGUAGGAAUCGAUUUUACCGGCGCUUUCCUGCUAAAAUGUUCGUAUCAUCGAACCACAAAGUAUAUGAAGGCUUAUGCUUGCAUCUUUGUGUGUUUCUCGACAAGGGCGGUUCAUAUCGAACUCGUUCCUUCCUUAUUGACCGAAGAUUUUCUCAACGCGCUGAAGUGCUUUGUAUCUCGAAGAGGCCUUCCAGCGACUAUAUACUCCGAUAACGGUACCAACUUUAAAGGUUGCGAACGGUAUUUGAAUUUCAACGACACUGAAAUCCAGCGCUACGCUUUAUCCAAUACGAUUGCUUGGAAAUUCAAUCCACCUUACACGCCUCAUCGCGGUGGUAUCUGGGAGUCUGCGGUGAAAAGUGCUAAGCGUUACAUACCUAAAAUAUCCGAAAAUCAGAAAUUCACCGAAAAUGAGUUGAGAACGUUGCUCACUCAAAUCGAAGGUAUUCUGAACACCAGACCGUUAGCUUAUUCGAAUACUGGUGAACCGGAUGAGGAGAUACUCACUCCAGGCCAUUUCUUAGUUGGUCGAAAUUUAAACGUCAACCUACCCGAACCGUCUUCGCCUCCAGCAAAUAUUAAGCUGUCUGAUCGAUACAUUGCAAAUCAGAAUCGUAUUCGAGCAUUCUGGAGAAUUUGGUCCCAGGAUUAUCUCAAUCAGCUCCGUUCUCGCACCAAGUGGCAAGACGAACAGCCUAAUUAUCACGUCGGAGAUUUGAUUUUACUCCGAAAACCUAAUACGGAACCGUGCCAAUGGAUUCGAGCGAUAAUUAUCAAGACUUUUCCCGAUGAAGCUGGUUUAGUUCGAACAGUCGAAGUUCGAACGUCAGAUCGUUUGUCGAAAGUCGUGCCGAUCCAGCAAAUUGUGCCUUUACCGAUCGCUAAAUGA